AUGGAGCUGGGGCGGACGCUCGUGUUGAUGCUGGUGGCUGCCGUCUUCCUGUGCUCUGGGAACCUCUGCAUCAUCGCGUCCAAGGUCGACGGCCUCGUGCCUUACAGCAGCGUCACCGUCACGUUCCUCAUCGAAGUGGUCAAGCUCUCGGCCAUGGUGGCCGCCAUCGUCAGCAACCUCAACUACGUCGUGCUGCGAUACCUGGACGCCGCCACGGUCUCGGUGCUCUGGAACCUCAAGAUCCUGUUGACUGCGGUUUUAUUCCGCUACGUGCUGAAGAACCCCCUGUCGGAGCUGCAUAAGUUGGCUAUUGGGUUGCUGGUACUAGGAGUGCUGACCAGUCAGUCGGAUAGAUUCAAGCAGGCCGGGGGCUCUGAUAACAACUCGCAGCACGUGGCGCUGGGGCUGUCCCUCGCUCUCGUGGGGGUGACGCUGUCCUCCUGUGCGAGCGUCUUCGCUGAGUGGACGCUCAAGCGCCAGGCGGACUGUCCAUUUCUAUGGCAAAGUCUGCAGAUGUACGGCUUCGGAGUGCUGUUCAACGCUCUUGGGCUGCUCUUGGAUGGGGAAUCGUUGGUUCUCGACGGGUUCUUUCAUGACUACAGCGGGUGGACGGUGACGGUGGUGGUUGUGAACUCCAUUGGGGGCAUCUUCAUGGCCUGUAUCCUCAAGUAUCUGGACAAUAUCGCCUGUGUCUACUCGCACUCGAUGGCCAUGAUGCUGACGACGCUGCUGUCCAUGAUUUUCUUCGCCUUCUCGCCGUCGCUUGAGUUUGGGUGUGGGCUGGGCGUGCUGGUGAUCUCCAUGUAUCUGUAUCACCACCCACUGGCUCAGGUCGCGAUGGAGAAGCUGGAAGGUUCACCCCAGAGCCCCACGAGCAGCGAAGACGAAAUGCCGUCCCUGCAGGUUAAACACUCGACCAAGUACAAGGAGGUGCCACGAGAAGUCUGGGAAGAGCCUGAGCCUGAGAGCUCUCGCAUCAGCAUCGCUGAAGCUUGA